AGCAUCGACGACGGCGACGGCAGCGAAAACGUCACUUUUAAAAUGAAUUUACGUUUUUUAAAACUUUGCUGCGUUUGUUCCAAUUCGUUGAAAAUGUCAAAUUUAAGCGAAUUUCCCUGCAGUUGAUUUCUUGGGGACCGCACUCAAGUUUAAAAAGAGACAGAGAAAUUCAUUGUCUCGUGUUUGUGGCCUUUAUAAGAGUGAAAAUAGGCAUUUUCAUGUCGUAUACUGGGUAUGUAUAAAAAAGUUAAAUCUCAUGGUACUAUCAGUCACAUAGACGGAAGAAAAUCGGCGACAUCGUGAAUUUCAACUAUUAUUCUGAAUUUAUGAUGAAUCCGCGGCAAAUUUAGUCUUCAACUCUUCAAUUUUUGAACUCGUCUUUAUCAACAAUAUUUAUACGAAGAUUUACACAUGUAAAGUGAAUUGGAACUUCAAAAAUGUGUAUUUAAGUUUCUAUAUUACCAGCUAGCUAAACGUUAUUUUCACAUUUAUUUGAAAUCCUUAUGGACUCUUACCCCUAUUAUCUUUAAUGAUCCACAAGGGUUUGGUUUACUUUUUCAUCCAAGGGUAUUCACUUUUAUGCUUUAUUUUUAAUUUAUUAAAAAGGGGAUUGUUAUGAACUAAUUUAUCCUAGCAAAUUCUGCGAAGAUAUGAGUUGAAAAACAUCAUCCGUGUAAUGUUAAAAUAUUCAACUCUUCUUUGUUUUUAUUCUUGUUGCUUUUUCAUGACAGGGGAAGGGCGAGGAUUUGAGAUAGCUCAAGGCCGUUUGGGUCCUGGGCGAAUUCACCACUGCAUGCGUUCAAUUGGACUAGCAGAACGAUCACUCGAACUUAUGGUUCAGCGGUCUUUAGAGAGAGUGGCCUUUGGAAAGCGUUUGGCCGAAAAGGUUUGUAGUAGAAGGUUCAAGGUCCCGUUGCACGACUGAAUCUGUUAGCCAAACAUGGCAAUGGGAUCCUACUGGUAGUUAAAACGGGUACGCCGGACGAUAACGUUGAGAAAUUUUGUUGUCAACGAGGCUUAGGGACUACGCAAGGCCAUCAGUAGUAAUACCACUUACACUUGAUGUUUCUGUAGGGAAUGGUACAGGAGCAGAUCGCUCUGUCAAGAAUUGAAAUUGAACAGGCCAGACUGCUUGUGCUGAAGGCGGCACACACCAUCGAUUGCCAUGGAAACAAGGCUGCAAAAAAACAGUUGGGUAUGUCAGCAGUAUUGGGAGCACAGGGCAACCAGGCGUGUCGGGAAUGUCCCUCGUGUGUUACCCCUUUAUAGUUCUAGUCUACAGUUUAGUGUGACUUAAGUUAGUGACCAAACCGAAAUGAUCUUCCUCAGUUGUUGCAACGUGCGUUCUUCGUUGGGAGCUUAAGCAACGACGACGGCCACGGCGACGAGAACGGCAAAUAAAAAAAAAGGAUUUAUAGGGUUUCGUACUGGUCAUGGAAAACCUGGAAAGUCAUGGAAUUUAAGCAUUUCAUUUUCAAGGCCUGGAAAGGCAUGGAAUUUAAUUGUCGGUCCUCGAGAGUCGUGGAAAAUUAAAAUUUUGUUUGAUAGAUUAGUUACUGUCGAUAACAAGGCAAGGACAAUAUAAAUAGAGAGAAGUUAUUGAACAGCGCGAACGGCAAGCAUUUUGGUGGACACCAGAGUUUGUGUCUGUUGAGCUGUUUAUGGUCCAGAAAUACCCUAAAACAAAGAAAGUCCUAAAAAGGUUUGAAAGUGACAGCUAAACCUAUAAAGAUCUUGCUGGAAAAGUUUUAAAAGGUCAUGGAAAAAGUCAUGGAAUUUGAAUUGCUCAAAAGAGUACGAACCCUGGGUUUAUAAUUAGAUUGGAAAAACAACAUUUUUGCACGUGCAUCACGCUUUUUGGUACAUUUCUUUGCCGUCGCUACACGGCUAGAACCGGUGAAAGUGCCUAAUUUCACGUUUUGUCCAGGACGUGGACGAAGACAACGACUUCCUUGUUCUUUUCCUGAACUUUGAUAUAGUGUUUUAGAAUUCAACUCCAGAAAUUUUGCCAACAUCUGACGAAUUGAACGAGUUGGAAUAAGCGCGAUAAAGUUUGAAGCAGCGCGAAUUCACGUUUAUAGUGACGCUUUCGUAGACGUCGCCGUCGUUGUCGCGUAAGCUCCCUAAUGUUCUCUAUCUCAACCUGAAGUUUGUCUGGCGGCUCUGUGUGAGAAAGAAAGUACGGAGCUGUGAACACGAAUGAAACAGCUGAACCUUUUCUUGUAUAUACCUCUUUUUUGGUAAUUAAGUAGUGUACUGUUAUAGCAAGAUUAGUUUGAUGGCGAAAAUUUCAGUAGUGAUCUGUCUUGCCAUGACAAAUGAUAUUGAAUUUGCUUACCUGGUGAACCUACCAAAUUCCAGCGGAGAAUUGGUUGAAAAAGAGUGGCACAAGACUGUUUUACAUCGAUUGAGAACUUCACUGUUUAACUCUUACAGAUUGCUAUGGCAAAGAUCGUAGUUCCUCGCAUGGCCUGUAACGUCAUUGACCGAGUGAUUCAGGUGCAUGGUGGGAAGGGAGUAUCCCAGGAUACACCGCUGGCUUAUUUCUAUACAGGAGCUCGGAGUCUUCGCAUUGCUGAUGGCCCGGAUGAGGUUCAUUUGGAGGCAGUGGCUACACUUGAGCUGAAAGAAGCACUCAAGUCCAAGAUGUAA